UUUGAACAGUAUGGAUCUGUCUAAGAUCUUGGUCAGUGUUACAUUUGUAACCCUUGUUGGUCUUUUUGAUGUCCUGCAAGGACAGCCGUUGGUUCUCAAGGAUCUGCGCACGCUCCACCGAUGGUCGAAUCUCAGUUUAGGAGAUGAUCAAGCUAAAGGAAAUCGCUUCCUGCCCGUCGACGUGGAUAUUGAGUAUGGGGAUGAGGGCAGACACCGUACUUUUCUCACGAUUCCAAGGCUGAGCAUGACCACACCCUUUACACUGGCCACUGUGGUUGCGGAUGACAAUGAUGUUAUUGAAAAUCCCAGACUGGAGCCUUAUCCAAGCGAGGAGUGGCAUCUGCCACCAAAUAACUGCUCAGGCAUUACAUCAGCUAUUAGAACUUAUAUCGAUGAAUGCUGGCGUCUGUGGGUUGUGGAUUCUGGUCAAGUAAACUCGAUACAGUUGUGUCCGCCGCAAAUUCUAACCUUCGAUCUAGUCAAGGACGAGUUAAUUCAACGUCACUCUUUGCCUCCCAAUUCCUAUACUCCCAACGUUUCCAUCUUCACUGCUUUGGUGGUGGAUCUAGCGGAGAGUGGAACACCCAAUAGAUGUUUGGGUGGUAAAGCCUAUAUUGCCGACGCCUGGGGGUAUGGACUUAUUGUUUUUGAUUCCCUGACUGGCAGAUCUUGGCGAAUAGAACACGAAUUCAUGAAACCAUCUACGGUGGCGGAGUUGGUUCGUCCUGGUAGCUCUCAGGCGGGAAUUUUCACUGUCAGUAUAAGUCCUAGUGAAAUGGAAGAACGUUUCCUAUACUUUCACACUCUAAACGCCUUCAACGAGGUGAAAGUACCUCUCUCACUGAUCAACAACGAAACUUUUUGGCAAUCUCCGAAUGUAACCGAUGUCACAGGACAUUUUCGAAUACUUGGCACCCGGGGAAUCCAAUGCGAAUCAGAGGUGAUGGACCAGUCGGGCAACCUUUUCUGCAGCCUUAUUAGCUUGGGCGCCUUGAUAAGCUGGGAUGGAAAGUCAAAGUAUACGGCGGAUGACAUUCAAGUGGUGGCCUUCAAUCCACAGAAGAUCAAGUUCGUCACGGGCUUGAAGAUCAAUAGAAAUGCCAAAGGAGAGGAGGAGCUCUGGGCCUUGAGCAGCGAACCGAGACUUUUUGUCGGAGCUGCCUUGCCAGAGAAAGAGGUCAAGUUUCAGAUAAUAGGCUGCCGCACAGCUGACCUGAUUGCCAAUACACCCUGUACAGUGGGGGCCAGAAAUACUACACUUACGUCAGCUUAGUUUUUAAUAUAAUAGGUUUUAAACUGCUAUCUAUGAUAAAUGAAUAUUUGAAUUGCUCAC